GGCACUUUUGGCGUCUGGAUCUGGAAGGCGUUUUGAAAAGCGAUUAAUAAUGUACUUCGUUGUUAAUCCCCGUUGCACCCGCUUACUGCCAAUCAGACAACGCGUUUGGACGCGGGUUCCUUUGAUGACGUUGGGCUUUAAGGGAACGGAAAUCUCAACUUCACCGUUACUUCAUCUCCAGAAGAUGUUGUUCCUCAGAUCCUUGUCGUGAUUGUUUCUUCCUCCUUUUCUGUGAUUAAUGUCCUCAACGAGGUGAUCUUCCUUUUCUCUACAACACGUUGCUGAUCAAGGUUGAUACAACAACGACAUAGAGAAUAAACGUCACCGCCAUGUUUUCUAAAACAACUGUCUUUGAAACAACUGUACACGACCGCCGUCGUCACAAUGUCAACAUCGAUGAGAACGACAUGAGCUCAUCACCAACUCUCACAGCUUCAGCUCCGGAAACCACCCCUCUUUUAAAUUCCGAGACAGCCAGCUCCUACACCAUCGGCAAUGGGCCACCACCAACACCACCACCACCCCAAGAUGAGAAGCCCAUUGGAUUUGCCCGGGGUCUUUCCAUUGCCCUGAGCAUGUGGGUUCUCAUCUUCCUUCAGGCGGGCAACAUGUCUGGAAUCAGCACAGUUCAAAGCAGCAUCGCCACCGAUCUAGACGCCUACGACCAAGCCAUGUGGUUCACCGGUGUCUACCUCAUCAGCUCCUCUUGUAUAUCUCCUCUCACCGGCCGACUCUCCACCAUCUUCACCCCGGGCCUUAUGAUCCUCGUCUCGUCCCUUUUCUUCACUAUCGGCGCAAUUGUCACCAGUCAAGCCCACACCCUUUUCGUCUUCCUGUUCGGUCGAAUCCUUGUUGGCAUCGGUGGCGGCGGGAUCAUGACCCUUUCUUUGAUCCUCGUCAUCCAACUGACCAGUAAGCGCCGCCGCGGCGUCUGGAUCGGCCUCACCAACGCCGGCUUCACAGUGGGCAUGUCCACGGGUGCUGUUGUCUUUGGUAUUUUGUUGCCCAUUAUCGGCUGGCGCGCUCUCUUCUGGGCACAAGCACCCCUCGCUCUGCUCGGCGGCCUGGGAGUCUACGCCAGCAUUCCCUCCUCCCUGUCCACCGGCCAACCUCUAUCUCCCGGGGACGCGGAAAAGACCAGCCUGCAAAAGUUGCGCGGAAUCGACUACGCGGGCGCCAUCACUCUCACUACCACUAUUGUCCUAUUGCUUUACUCCCUCUCCGGCCGCACAGGAAUCCACUAUACCCCGCUGUUUUCGUCUCUGCUCACCUUCUGCCUCUUCUUGGUCAUCGAAUCCCGCUUCGCCAGCGACCCCAUCCUCCCGUUACGCAUCCUUCGGUCUCGCGGCAUCUUGCUGUCCUGCCUCUCGCAGCUAGGCUUCAUGUCGGCGCGCUGGACCGUGCUCUUCUAUGCGCCCAUCUUUGCGCUUGCCGUGCAUGGCGCCAGUCCUGCGCUGGCGGGGUCCAUUCUGAUUCCGACCAACCUCGGUUUCGGCAUGGGUGGGUUACUGGUGGGCUGGCUGCACAUGUCGCGGCAACAGCACGCUGAUGAUGAUGAUGAUGAUGAUCAUCACAACACUAGCAGCAGCAGCAGCAGCAGCAGCAAGGACUACUGGUUCCCUUCCUUGGUGUCCAUGGGUAUCUUUGGCUUGACGAUCCUGGCCAUGGGGUGGGUGAGUAACGCUGCCACGCAAAUGGGGUGGUAUGUCGGGGUGAUUUUUGUCAAUGGGCUGGCGACAGGCGCGGCGGUGAAUUAUACCAUGGCGCAUUUGCUGCAUUUGAGUCAUGCCCGGGAACACUUUAUCGUGACGGGCCUGUUGGCUACUUUUAGGGGAUUUGCGGGCAGUACCGGCACGGCGAUUGGGGGCGGCAUCUUUGGGCGGGAGUUGAGGGCUUCGCUCUAUCGAGGCUUUGAGAUGAUUGAAGGGCUGCCUAGAGAGAGGAUGGAGAAGUUGGUUACGGUUUUGGUGGGCAGCCCGGCGAGGGUGCACCAGGAGGGCUUCUUGACGGUUGAGGAGAGGCUGGUUUCAGUCAGUGGGUAUGAACAUGCGUUGAGCACACUUUAUCAUAGCGCCGCGGCGUUGUGUGUGGUUGUGUUGUUGGUGCAGGCGGGGACGGGCUGGACGGCUGGGGGAGUGAGUAAGGAGGAGGAGAGAGAGAUUGAGCAGGCGAUCGCGGAACACGAUGGGAGGAUGGAGGCAUAGACUAGAUUUUGGAUGUGCUAUAACGAGAUAGAUUCUGUGUCUUAGAGUAGAAGCGAUGUAUCUGUGAUAUUUGAAAUGUAGAAAGGAGAAUAGACACCUAUUACCAAC